AUGUCUUCCUCUCACCCUUUAAAGCUUAUCCAAGACAUUAAGCUUACUUAUUCGCCCUCCCGUGUCUUUGUAUGGCGCUCGGAACGCACCGGCCUCCAGUCGGUUCUUAUCCAGCAAAGCAGUACCAUGGUCCGUGGCCACUUUGCAGUUGGUUCUGAGAUUCACAAUGACAGCGGAUGCCCCCAUACUCUUGAACACUUGGUCUUUAUGGGCUCCAAGAAGUAUCCCUACAAGGGUCUGCUUGACAUUUUGGGCAACAAGAUGAUGUCUGAAACAAAUGCUUGGACUGCCGUCGACCAAACUGUUUACACAAUCUCCACAGUAGGCUGGGAAGCCUUUAGUGUCUUGCUCCCUGUUUACAUUGACCACAUUAUAAACCCAACCAUUACUGAUAGUGCUUGCACUACAGAAGUUUAUUAUCUUGAUGGUAAUGGCGAAGACCGCGGCGUAGUAUUUUCCGAAAUGCAAGGCAUUGAGAACACUGCUUCAUCCAUUGAAGAGCUUGAAACUCAAAAACUCUUGUUCGGUUCCAAGAGUGCAUUUUCCAGUGAAACUGGUGGUCUCAUGGCUGCCCUUCGUGUCCUUUCACAUGACCAGAUUCGCCAAUUCCACAAGGACAUUUACCGCCCAGAUAACCUCUCCAUCAUUGUUUCUGGCGACAUUGAUCCAAAAGAAUUUGCUGCUGUUGUCCAAGCUAUUGACGACUCGAUGCCUGCUCUUGACAAGUCUCAUCCUCAUCCUAGACCCUUUGUCGAUACUGAACCUUCAAGCUACCCUAGCAAGAAGGUUGUCAAAACUGUCGAGUUCCCGGAAACUGAUGAAACUUUUGGUGAAAUUUCCAUCUCUUGGAUUGGCCCCAAAGUUCAUGAAACUAUUGAAAGCACAGCUAUUGACAUCAUUCUCAAAUAUCUUACCUUGGAAGGAAUCGGUAUUCUUUGCAAAGAGAUUGUCGACAUUCCUGAUCCUCUUGCCACAGACGUUUAUUUUGAUGAAACCUAUUAUCUUAACCAGCAAAUCAACAUUUCUCUUUCUAACGUUGCAACUGAAAACCUCCAGCUAGUUUUUGAAAAAGCUGAAGCCAUUAUUGCCAAAGUGGUGACUGACGAAAAGUACUUUGACUUGAAGCAUGUACAAGAACUUGUGGAACGCACAAAGUACAAGGAUAUUAAGGCGUCUGAACUUAGCUCAAGCGAACUUGUUGAUACUACCAUUGUGGCCUUUUUGUAUGGUAGCCUCGACGGCAAGUCACUACGCCAGUGGAUCAUUGACGUGAAAGACUACGACGUGCUCUUGGAAUGGACUGCUGAGCAAUGGAAAGCUGUCGUCAAAAAGUAUCUGGUUGACAACCCACUAGUUGCCGUGUUAGCCAAACCCUCAAAGGUUCUCUCCAAGAGCAUCAAGAAGGAAACAGCCAACAGAAUUGCUGCAAAUAAAGAAAAGUAUGGCCCCGACGGCCUUGCAGCUCUGCAAGCAAAAGCUGAUGCCGCCCAAGCCGAAAACAAUAAGCCUGUACCGGAAUCGGUCUUGAAGCAGUUUAAAGCCCCUGACUUGACAAAGAUCAAGUUUAUUGAUACCACUAUGGCCAAGGCUGGCACGGCACUCAAGGAUGAAGAGCAAUUCCCAAGCAAGGUCCAGACUAUUGUUUCCAAAAAUACCCCCAAGGAGGAUCAUUUCCCCCUUUAUGUCACGUUUGAAGACUAUGAAAGUCAGUUUGUCACUCUUAACAUUUAUUUAUCUACGCGUGAGGUUGACACAGAGCUGCUGCCGUACGUUCAAGUGUUUUUCACUGAGUUGUUCACCCUUCCCAUCUUGUUGGAAGAUGGCGUGACACACCUCUCCUUAGAAGAUACUAUCCGUCAGCUCAAGUCGGAUACUCUCAAGGCUUCUGCAAGUCUUGGUAGCGGUAGUAAUGGCUUUGAAGACUUGUUUUGCGUUUCCAUUCAAGCUCGCGCAGACAAAUAUGCAGACGCAGUCAAGUGGGCUCACCGUGCACUCUCUCUCACGCAGUUUACUGACGACCGUAUUUCCGUUCUUUUGGAUAAACACAUUAAUCGUCUUGCAGAGUAUAAGCGAUACGGUAGCUAUGCACUAAACUCGUCUGUUGAGACCACUAUGCACACGCCUCGAUCCAUGCGCUAUGCAAGCGACUUGCUAAUUACCGAGGAGCGUUUCAAGAAGCUGCAGGAGGACCACAUUCCAGGUGAGGUGAUUCGCAAGGAUUUGGAGAAGAUUCGCUCGCAACUUGUUGCCCCUCACAAUAUGCGCAUUUUCAUUUCUGGCCAAGUAUCUAACCUCAAGGAUCCUGUAAAGACUUUAGAAAAGUUUUUGGAUGUGUCUAGUGCCAAAAAGGAUGUUGCCCCACUCACUGCUGUUCCUUCUGAUUCUGAUACUUGCGCAUACAAGGGCAAGGACAUUGCCAAGCUUGCUAAAAUCACCUCCAUGCCUUCUACUGAAUCGUCAUACGCAACUGUUGUUUGUCCCGGUAUAAAUGGAUUUAAGCAUGAAGACCUUCCUGCUUUGUACACUGCUGUUGAAUACUUGAAUGCUGUUGAGGGUCCUAUUUGGCGAGGCGUUCGCGGUGCCGGCUAUGCAUAUGGCGCUAAUAUUUCGGCUCUCCCAGAAGUUGGUCAUAUUCACUUGCAAGUGUACCGCGGUGCCGAUACUCCCAAGGCUGUUCAAACUUGCAAGAAGCUUGUUUCUGACUUUGUGACUGGGGAAACUCCUCUUGAAUCUUUGCAUUUGGAGGGUGCCAAAAACAUGGUUGCCCACAAUUUUGCCUCAUCGCGUCAAAACUCGAGCUCUGCGGCUCUGCUCAGCUAUAUAGAUUACACUUUCAAGGGUCUUGUACGCAAUAACCCACAAGAAGUGCUGAAGAAGGUGGCUCAUGAAGUGACUGCUGAAAAGGUACGCGAGGUCAUGGAGAAGUACUUUUUGCCGCUAUUUGACCCCAAAACUUCAAUGGUGUUUGUUGCAUGCCACUCGUCAAUGACUGACGACGUUCUUAAGAAGUUUGAGGCCGAUGGCUAUGAGGUUUCUGUCAAAACGCUUGCCACGUCAACAAGUUUGGCCCCAUAUGGUUCUGAUCAAUCUGGUUCUGAGGAUGAGGAUAAGGAAGAAGAAGAAGACGAAGAAGAAUCUGAUGAGGAAUAA